AUGGCUACGAACCACUUUCCCAUGCCNGGUCCCCCGAGGACUCCCACCACGUCCGACGACGAGAUGGACCCUCAAUUGGCAGAAUCCGGCCUGCGUAUCAAGCAUGCAUACAACGAGUCUCCUGUCAGAUCGCGUCUCUCGGGUUCAUUCGACCGACUAUCUGCUUCACCUCCGGACACUGCGAGUACCUCGAUGAACACUGGCCGUACCGACCUGGUCUCACCUGUCUUCUCGCUAUCCACUCCUGCAGACCAGUACAGCCCUGCAACUCCACAGAGCGUCAUCAGCGAGCCAGACGAAUCGUCCGAGAAGGAAGAUGAGCCCACCAUCACCGCUGCGAACCCCUUCAACUUUACAACUCAGCAAUACUCUGCCACCCUAUCUCCCGCCAAGCCUGUAAGCAUACCGACUGACGGGCCAACAUGCUCUCUACUGACACAAUCCAGNGACAUCAAUGUCGGCAAGCGUCGCGGUCACAAGUACAAGCACUCCAGUGUUUCGCACCAGAUCUUCAUCGAGCCAGCACCUCGCGCCCCUCUUCGACUACCCGCCUCUCUCCCCGUCCCUACCCGUAAUGAGGUCCAGCACAGCAUGACAUCAAAUCAAAAGGCCCGCCUCGCGUGGUGCUUCUGCCACUUCCUGAUCGCCGGAUACGUUCAAUGGAGUGCAUCGGGCUCCCUCGCCAUGACCGCCCUUUCGCGUCUACUCUUCUUUGAUGCUGCGGGCGCCAUUGCCUGCGUCUUGGUCGAGACUAUGGGAAACUUCGAAGUCUGGAAGCGCUCCAGUGUAAAGCAUCCCUUUGGUCUGGAACGACUCGAUGUCCUUGUAGGCUUCGGACUCGCUGUUUUCAUCGGCUUCAUGGGUCUCGAUGUCUUGUCUCAUGGUAUCCAGCACUCCCUCGAGAACUUGGGAUCUCAUGUUGCUCACUCGCCUCAUGCUCACCGUCGCAUCUCGGCUGGAUCUGUUGAUGUUGCCGCCCUUCUCGCCAUUGUUGUCACUCUCAUCUCUGCUCUUGUACUAAAGAAUCAUGCUCGCAUCGGCAAGGCUAUGCGCUUCGAGUACAUAUCAUGCUGGGGCGCCGUCUUGAGCAACCCCAGCCAUCUCAUCACUUUAUCAUGCUCUACCCUCCUGCUCUUGCUGCCACUGCUCAGCAUUCAAGCAUAUCACUGGUUCGACGCCGCCAUGUCCUUUUUCAUCGCAGUCGCCAUGAUCGGCCUGGGUGUUCGCCUAGGCACAUCACUAUCAUCCAUUCUUCUCAUGUCCUAUUCGGCGCCUGCUGGCAGUGCGACAAUCAAGGACGUGAUUUCUGAGAUUGAAACCGAUAAAUCCGUUUCAGCCGUUCAGGACGCCAAGUUCUGGCAAGUCCACUAUGGACUUUGUAUGGCCAACUUGACUCUGAGAUAUAGAGCAGCUGACUAUGGUCUUGACUUGGCCAAGACGAGGGAAAGAAUUACCAGUCUUGUGCGAAACAGGCUUGGUGGUGGUUAUGGGUCUGGCGGCCUCAAAUGGGAGGUAUCGGUGCAGUUGAUUUCUGAAAGGGAUUGA